AUGGACCUGACGAAGCUGCAAAAGUGGAGUAACCCGAGGUUGUUUUCAGAGUCGCGUUAUGACCAGUAUCCGACAAGUUAUGGUGAGUUAAAAGAGUGGCUAAAACAUGAACCGGUCGAGAGCCCUGGUGGAGCACCUACCGAGCUGGACCUGGUGGACUUGGUGCUUUAUGGGGGACAGAACGGCGAGCUUGACCUGGAGAAGAAAUUACAAGUCGAAUUCGCGUUAUAUCAAGCCACGGCAGGGAAAUUAAGCGGGGAAAGUGCGGGACAACAACGCUCCAAUAGUAAUGUCCCAAUGGUUGCUGGUCUAUCCAAUGAAUCACCCGCAUCUUUGCUGAGCUCUGUGGCAUUAGACCAAGACAAACUACAGGCGAUUUGGAACCUUCGGCCGGAUCACCCAACAGCCGACGAUCUUGACGUGAGCACUUCUGGCAGCCGAAACCUGCAGCAGUCACAGCUCGACGAGAUUAUCUCAUACCUUCUAUCCGGUGCAUUACAAAGAGGUGUCGAUCUAAAACCCGACAGCCACGCUCCACAGGACGAAGUCGCUUUUUUCAAACAAUGCAUAGACGCUCUUAUGCACCAAAUAGGACCAAGCUCUACAACUCGAGAACUUCAACAAGAAGAUAGUGAGGUCAAUGACAUGGCGACUGCUUUCAAAGAUUUGCAACUAGCUCACAGCUUUUUAACCAAAAAGUUUGAAGAAGAUAGGAACGAGUACCUACACAGCAUAGACAAAUUGGCAAAGACCAACAAAGAGCUAUCGCAUGAGCUUUUGACAUACCAUUCUAAGCUCGCCGGCCUAAAAGAAAAGUGUGAUACUUUAAUUCAACAACGCGAAGUGCUGAUGGAUCAAAUAGAAGCCUUACCAAUAUCAACGCCCAGCUCGGCUGGCACAUCACCUAACACAAUUGGCAUAUCCUCCGUAUCGAGUCCUAGUUCAACCACAAGUAAUGGAAAAUCAUACUCAAUCGGAGUUAUGAGAACAGAGUUCAAAAAGGUCUUGACUGAAACGCAGACAAAAUAUGAAAAAGAGCUUCAAGAGGAAAGGAUCCGUCGAAAAAGGCUUGAACACGAACUCGCAACAAUUAGGGAAUCGUGA